CAAAUCCAUGCAAUAAAUUUUUAUUUUCUAACUUGGCACCUUCUUCACUUUAAAGGAUGCUCUCCCCCUUUCUUGGUCCAUCAAGCUCACCUCCCCAUAAGCAUCUUUCCCUCAAAAACAACACAGACACAGAGUUCUUAGACAGUAUGCUACAUGAAAUGGCCACAGACCAAUCUGAUGACUACAUUGACAUGGAGUUGAGCUCCUCUUCAAGCUUCAUUUGUUACUCCAUUAGCUCUCCAUCACGAAGCAGAGAGUUCGAGUUCCAAAUGUCUUCAGUUUCUCAGGGUAGAGAAACCACAACAUCCUCAGCUGAUGAACUCUUCUACAAGGGAAAACUCCUCCCUCUCCACCUCCCUCCUCGCUUGUUAAUGGUUCAAAAGCUCCUCCAAAACCCCACCACCACUACCUUAAACAAUAAAACAGAAGCAGCCUUUGCUGAAAACUAUGUCAUUCCCUUCAUUAAUAGCUCCACCACACCUUCCACUAAUACCAGUACCCCAUUGGAAUCUUGCAAUAUCUCACCGUCAGAAUCUCGUAUGAUUAGCAGUGAACUAAACCCAGAUGAAUAUUUCUUUGAAUGGCCAACUGAAGCUAACAGUUUCCUUGGAGAUCAUCAAAAGAAGUCAUGGACUAAGAAGCUAAAACAAUCCUCACUUGGUCAAAAACUCAAAGCUUCAAGAGCAUACCUAAAGUCUUUGUUUAGUAAGUCUGGCUGCACAGAUGAAUCCUGCGCUGAAGCAGCAUGCAAUACAGAAGAAGAAGCUAUUUCAAAAGGCCAGGACUGUAUGAUCAAGUAUAUGAAAGUACCAAAGAAGAAUCCAUAUGGAAAUGUUGAUAAUGGCAGAUACAAGAUAUCAAAUGCCCUCAAGAGAAGCAUUGAGAAAGAGAUGGCUGAAGACCCUUUUCGUUGUCAAAGGAGGUCUUUCUCAGGGGCAAUUCAAUGGCAUUCUACAACUAAGUCUUCUUUAUCCUCAUCCUCAUCUACGUCCAUAUCUUCAUCUGGUUCUUCUUCAUCAUCAUCAUCAUCCUUUUCAUUUAGUUCAAAUGGGUUCUGUGACUUACAGUUGCUCAAGAGAAGUAGCAGUUCAAAUUCAGAGUUCGAGAGUUCAAUUGAGGGAGCGAUUGCUCAUUGUAAAAGGUCACAGCAGCUGUUUAGUUCAAGAAAGACUUCAAGUGAAGGUGGAGUCUGUUCAUUGUCUGCGCCAGUAAUUGCAGCUUCUGGGGAUCAAGAGAGGCCUAAACUAUGCGGCAUAUAACUGCGGAAGUCCUUGAAAUUCACAAUUAAAGGGGGGUCAGACAGAGAGACGCCAUAUCUCAUUUCCUGUUGAACUUUUUAAAGUGGGUUUCGGUUAUAGCAGUGUGAUUUUCAGGUUGUUCAAUCGUGUAGAUCAUCCACUAGACUAUAGUUUGUGUUGGAAAGGCCAAUAGGAACCCCCUCACUAUUCUAGGCGUGCUUUCCUGUGUCAGUGUACGUGCAUAAAUUAUGAAGUUAUUUCAGAGUGAGAUGAAUCCAAAAUCUGCAAUAUAAGCUUGAGAAUUUUCUUUUUC